GCCUGGAAGUUGCAGUCCCAACACUUCUUCCUCAGAAAUACCCAUGCCUGUUGUAAUCUGUAGCACAGCUGAGGCAGGGUUGGAGCAUUAAAGAGUCCUUUCUAAGGUCUCAGGAGUAACUGAAGGAAAAAUGAAGGCAGAAAGGACCCAAAUCAGCAUUCUUAGCCCUCUGACACACACUGGUGUCAAAGUUGUGUGGUCUCCUUUGGGAACCAAGGGAAAGCUCUUCUUCCUGCUUGGCUUCUACCUUUAACCCGUGGGAAUAUCCCCUGAUACAUCGAAACUACAAUCCAGACCCAAGAGAGCAAGGCCAAGAAAAAGGUCAAGAUGGGGUUUAUAUUUUCAAAAUCUAUGAAUGAGAACAUGAAAAGCCAGCAGGAGUUCAUGCUUAUGAAUGCCCGACUUCAGCUGGAAAGGCAGCUAAUGAUGCAGAAUGAAAUGAGAGAAAGACAAAUGGCUAUGCAGAUUGCUUGGUCUCGGGAAUUCCUCAAAUAUUUUGGAACUUUUUUUGGCAUUGCAGCCGUGUCUUUAACAGCUGGAGCAAUUAAAAAGAAGAAGCCUGCCUUCCUCUUCCCUAUCGUUCCAUUAGGCUUUGUCCUUACCUACCAGUAUGACAUGGGCUACGGGACCCUUAUACAAAGAAUGAAAGGUGAAGCCGAGAACAUACUGGAAACAGAAAAGAGUAAGUUGCAGCUGCCAAAAGGAAUGAUCACUUUUGAAAACCUUGAAAAAGCAAGAAGGGAACAGAGUAAAUUCUUCAUAGACAAAUGAAAUCAUGUUUACCCACCAAAUCUCAAAAUACAGAAUUGUUGACUUGAAUCAUGGCCUUUACAAUUUUUUAAAUGCUUGAGAUUUUGAUAUAAUGGUUUUUAUUUUAAAAUAAUAAAAUUUAAGAUGAACUUUAUUAUUUUAAAAUAAAAUGUAUAACAUUCAACACAAAAUCAUGGAGGUACUCUAAAUAACUUUCAGAUUUCCUCUAUAUGUGUGUGUAUCACAAACAUCUAAAUGUAAAAUUAAUAAACUAUAUUAUUUUGAAUUUCUGGAAGCAAAAGUUCUGUUGUUCUCAUUUCUCUGUUGCACACACUUGCCCCAUCACAUUAAUCUCCCACAGAUACUGCUUUUAUUUGGAUUUUUCAAUUGUGUCCUGUCUCCACAUGAUAGAAAACAACUAAUAUUAAUGAUUAACAUGUAUAUUGCACUUGCU